UUCUCUUCUCUUUCCUUGGAUUUAGAGGGAUAAAUAGAGGAAGGAUCCAGAGUGAAAGGAGACAUAUAUGCACUUCAGAAACUGUUGGACUUUAUAUUUUUUUGAAAAUUUUAUUUAAUUAGUCAAUUUAGAACAUUAUUCCUUGGUUACAAGAAUCAUAUUCUUUCCCUCCCCUCCUCCACCCUUUUCCAUAGCCGACUCACAAUUCCACUGGGUUUUACAUGUGUCCUUGAUCAGAACCCAUUUCCAUGUUGUUGAUGUUUGCACUAAGAUGAUCAUUUAGUGUCCACAUCCCUAGUUAAUAUCUCCUCAACACAUGUAUUCCAGCAGUUUUUUUUUUCUUCUGUGUUUCUGCUCUCACAGUUUUUCCUCUGAAAGUGGAUAAUGAUCCCUCCGGGUUGUUCAGGAUCACUGCAUCACCACUAUUGGAGAAGUCCAUUACAUUUGAUUGUACCAGAGUGUUUCAGUCUCUGUGUACAGUGUUUUCCUGGUUCUGCUCCUCUCACUCUGUAUCACUUCCUGGAGGUUGUUCCUGUCUCCAUGGAAUCCCUCCACUUUAUUAUUCCUUUGAGCACAAUAGUAUUCCAUCACCAACAUAUACCACAAUUUGUUCAGCCAUUCUCCAAUUGAAGGGCAUCCCCUCAUUUUCCAAUUUUUUGUCACCACAAAGAGUGCAGCUAUGAAUAUUCUUGUACAUGUCUUUUUCCUUAUUCUCUCUUUGGGGUACAAACCCAGCAGUGCUAUGGCUAGAUCAAAGGGCAGACAGUCUUUUGUAGCCCUUUGGGCAUAGUUCCAAAUUGCCCUCCAGAAUGGUUGGAUCAAUUCACAACUCCACCAGCAAUGCAUUAAUUGGACUUUAUAUUUUGAGAGGAAAAAAUGGUUAAGAUAAGAAGCUACUAGGUACACCAAAUGGUUAAUAGUGUACAUCUCUGCAUCACCAGAACAGUGGUUUUCAGACUUCUGUUUUUGUUCUUGGUACAGUAUACUAUGUUGUGAGGAAUCAUAAUAUUGCAUAUUUAAGGUGCCAAUAAAGGAAAGGUUUCCUAAUAGUGAGGCUAUCAAACUUUGACAGUUGAAUUCCCUGCCUUCUCUUUCUCCUUUCCCUAUUUUCUCUAUUUCUCCAGGAUUCAUAGUGCAGUCAGUUUAAUACUUCUGUGGAAAAAGCAUGCUACUCACUUGAGACAUUAAUCAAUCAAUAAACAUUUGUUAAGCAUAUGCCAGGUCCUCUGCUAAAUGUUGGGGAUACAAAAAUAGGUGAAAGACAGCCCCUCUGCUCAAGGAGCUUACAGUUUAUGCUGGUAAUUGGUAGGUACCUUAUAUAGAUAUUGUAUUUUCUGUGCAUGCAUGGCCUUUGGUCUUGUACUGGUCUUAAGCCAGACUCACACUCAUGUUAGUUAGGACUCCUUCACAUUCUGUGUCCCACCAUGGCUGGCAUCUUGUUCAAGGACAUCUUCUAUGUGAAUGACAUAGACCCUGAGGGCAAGAAAUUUGAAUAAGUAUUCCAUCUGCAUUUUAAGAGUGAAUCUUUCAAGGUUGACUUUAUCUUAGAUGUUAGCAUCCAGAAAUAUUCUGUGGAUUUGGGUAAUAUUUUUUAAUUGGUGAUAGCUAGAACCUUUUAUGAAGAUGGGACCCUGGAUGACGGGUAUAUAAAUCCCACAGAUGAUCAACCCUCCAGGGAUGAGCAGUUUGAUGUGAUAUAUGGGAAGUACAGAUUUGAGGGGAAUAAGACCUCCACAACUCAACUCUGCCUAUUUAUCUUAUGGGGGGUCUGCUUGUGAGACCCCCUAGGAGAAACCAAAAAUUUGCGCUUUGAAGUAUACUCCAGAGUGUACAUCCUGAUGAAGAAACAGGACUUCUGAACUGCCCAGGGAGUCUUUGAUGCCUUUCUACUUCUUGUCUUUCAUGGCCCAGGCAUUGACUCCAGCUUUAGGGGAAUAUCAAUAAGGAUAAAUCCCAUUCCUUGGAGCACCCAUUCUUCCUUCCCUUGAUGUACUUGGGGCCUCUCUUGAUUGGUCUGUAUUAAAUAGAAAACUGGAUGUGGGCCCCUGAUUAAGACCCCAUUGGAAGAGCUCGAGCUGAGCUGCAGAUGCUUUGUGUAAUGCUUCAAUUAAAUUAUGCUUUUUUGUAAAAAAAAAACCAACACUCUCCUCCAUCCUCCUUCUCUUCCUCCUCCUCCUCUCCCUCUUUCCUUCUCCCUUUCCUUAAAUGGCAAAAUUACUUUUUAUAUCUCUGUCUACAGACUAUAUAUAUGUAAGUAACACUUUCUACCUAGCCUGGAUAUAAUAUUCUUGCUGGAUAUGACCAAGAGAUGGGUAAAGUUCUAAGCAGAGAAAGUACAACUUACUGGAGAGAGUGUUGAAAUUUCAGUCAAAGGUGCAAGAAAUUGUUGCUUCUUUAAUUCAGUCUGCAAUCUUGGGUAAACCAGUUCACUUUAAUAUAACAGUAUCCUCUUUUAUAAAAUUAGGAAGUUGGACUGG